UAAACGUUUCGUCGUCUACUCAAUCUGUUGAUCAUGAAACCACAUUGUUGCCAACAGAAAAGCCAUUUGCCACAGAGCAUAGCUCGUUUGCACCAACAGAGAGUGGAAGAACAACGAAAUAUUUCGAUACCAAAACUGAACAAUUUUCAAUGAGUACCUCUGGUCCAAAGGAGACGACUCUUUCCAGUGAAGAAAAAUUGUCAAAAUCGACACAGUCAGUUGAUCAUGAAACAACAAUGUCAAUGCGUGAAAUUGAUGACGGAAUCACGACUGUGCCUAGUAGUCAAUCUACAGAUGGUGUCGCAACCCAAUCCACUUUAGAAAAGAAAACACAUUAUACAACUCAAAUUAUCGAUCAUGAAACGACUAUGCUACCAACGGAGAAAUCACUUGCUACUGAACAUAGCUCCUUCAGUCCGACUGAAAGUGUCGAAACGACUAAAUAUUUCGAUACAACCACGGAACAGUUCGAAACGAGCACUCACAUUCCGAAAGCAACAACUCUUUCAAGUGAAGAAAGAACAUCUCCAAUCACUCAAUCUAUUGAUCAUGAAACUACAAUACUGCCAACCGAGAGAUCGUUUACUUCAGAGCACAGCUCAUUCGCUCCCAAUGAAAGAACCACUAAAUUUAUCGAUACCACCACAACUUCUGGUGAAGAUAUAUUGUCUCACAGCACUCAGUAUUCCGUUCACGAAACCACUUUAUUGCCAACAGAAAAGCCGUUUGAUACUGAGCGAAGCUCAAUUAUUCCAAAGGAGAGUGGUCAAACGAUUAAAUCUGUUGAAAGAACCACAGAACAAUUCACAUCAAGUGGUUCUGCAUCUGAAACAACAACUCCUGUGAGUGAUGAAAAACUGCACUCGACCACACAGUCUAUCGAAAGUGAGACUGUAUCACAAAAAGAGAAUGAUUUUACAACUGAAAGUAGUUCAUUUGCUCCAACAGAGAGUGGAAGAACAACAAAAUAUGUUGAUACAACCACUGAACAGUUAGAAACGAGCAGUUCUAGUUCAAUGGUAACAACGACUAUUCCAAGUGAAGACAAAUUUUCCACUACAACUCAAUCAAUCGAUCAUGAAACAACAAUGUCAAUGCGUGGAAUUGAUGAUAGUUUUACAACAGUUUCUAGUAGUCAAACUACGGAUGGUGUCACAACUCCAUCUUCCAUUACGAAAUCAACUAUGAUUAGCGGUAUUGACACUACCGUCAUUCCCAGGGGAGGUCUACCAGAUUCACUUGUCACUGAACGUGGUCAUGAAACUUCAAGUGUAGUUACUUCAUCUCCAAUAAUUACCACUACAAUGAGUUCUGAGGUAGAAUCUUCAACAAAGCAUUUAGUCAUUGAUGAGAAAUCUGCUACCAAAAUUCCAAUUACCACUUCGAAGUCUCAAGAGACAACUAAGCCUCAUCCUGAACAGACGUUAUCAGAAUCAACGAAACAGCCAAAAGAUCUGUUCUAUAAUACUCCAAUGACAGAACGUAUGACGACUUUGGCUUCACAAACGACAACAAACAAAGAUUUGACUCAAGAAAAUAUGACAUUGCCAAAAGAGACUAAAUCUUUUGCUUAUGACGUAACAACAACAGAAAGUUCAGUGACUGAACCAAGUUCAGGCACAAAUCGAAGCUUAAUUCCUUCAUUGCGUCACGAAAACGAAGGUUUCGAUGAUCAUUUGAGCACCUCAACAGGCUCAAGUGAAAUUGAAAGUACGGAAAAUAUUGUGACGACGACAAUGAAAGAUUUCCGUUAUUCUGGUGACGAAAGUCAACAUCGAAAAAUGACCGAAAACCCAAUGUUUACUGAUUCGACAACGCAGACGAGCAAUGAAUUUACGACACUUACAACGGAGCAAUUUGUUCAUGAAAUAAUGACCGAAGCGGCUCAAGCAGCUACGGACGAUUAUAUCAGAUCGUUCACUACUGAAAUGACCACUCCAUGUGAUGAAACGACGGAAAGCAAACCAAACUAUUCGACAAAAGUACCGGACACUAUGGGAACAACUAUUAACCCAUUCACUGAUCCAAAGACGUGGACCACAAUUAUUACAAGUGAAAAAAUGACAACUAGUGAUUUUACUACCUUUACCCCACAACGAUUUGAUACAACAACACCCGUUACAAACGAAACGAUAAGCAUCGACGAAACAACCACACCAAUUUACAAUUUAACGUCGCCGUCGUUCAAUCAAUCUUGUACGCAUAAUACUAAUUGUACCGAUACGGAAAUGUGUAUCAAUUUCGAAUGUGUUGAUCCAUGCUCCGUCUAUAAUCCCUGUAUUCCAAAUGUCCCAUGCAUUACGACCAAUCACGAAAUCCGUUGCCAGUGUGAUGAAAUUGCCCAAAAUUCGACGUCAAUAAAAGAAUGCAAAUCGAAUCCAGAAAAAUGCGUCUUAGAAAUCAAGCAAACAAAAAAAAAUCAAUCUGGAAUCUCUUCUUGGUAUUUGCCUGUAUGCUAUUUUAUCAGCUGAUGAUAAUUCCAAAGGCCCCCUCACAUGAAACAG